UUGUUAAAAAUACAUAAUGAAGAUAUGGAUGGUGAUAUAUCAAGGAAGAGUUAUGUAGAAAUAUUAAAAUAUUAUAGUAAAGAUGAGAAUAAAUUAGGAGGAUAUAAUUUUGGGAAGAAUAAAAAAAAGGAUUUAAAUAAAUAUGAUUUAUAUUAUAAAGAUUAUUUAUAUGACUACUAUAAAGAAUGUUGUAAUAAUAAUAAUAAUAAUAGUAGUAGUUAUUAUAAUAAAUUCAAUACAGAAUAUACAGAUUGUUUAAAAACAGAUAAUUCAUUUUUCAUGACAACUUUAAGUAAUUUAAAAAAAGAUAAUGAUGAUAAUGAUGUAGAUUGUAAUAACAAAGGUGGUAGUUAUAAUAAUAAUAAUAAUAAUAAUUUUUGCUUAAAUGUUGAAAUGUUGUUUUCUUUUUUAUUUUGUAAAAAGAAGAACUAUUUUUAUAAUAUAAAAAAUAAAUAUUUCAAUGAAAAAUUUUAUCAAAGUAAUAAUAAUAUUAAGAAGAAAAGAAAGAAAAAAAAAAAAAAGGAAAAAAAAAAUGUACAUGAAGAUAAACAAAUAUAUGAUGAAUAUGAUGAUGAAGAAGAAAAUAAAAAUAAAUUUUUAUAUAAUAUAAAAAAAUAUCAAAAAAAAAAAAUAUAUUAUAUAAAUAGAGAAUAUUAUUAUGUUAAAAAUUAUUAUCAUGAUAUAAAGAAAAAUAUUAAAUUAGAUAAACAAAAAAAUAAUAAUACUUGUACUAUAUGCUUUAUUAAUAAUAAUAAUAAAUAUAUAGAAAGAUGUACAUUAUGCUUUAUACAUUUUCAUGUAUAUUGUUAUAAAACAUAUUGUGAUGAUUUUAAUUUAAAUAAUUUUAUUUGUGAUUUUUGUAAAUAUAAUAUAAUAAAACAUAAUCAUAUAUAUAAUCAACCAAUUAAUAAAACAAAUAAUAAUUAUUAUAGAAAUAAUUGUUUUAUACAAAAAAAAAAAAAUUCUUAUAUGAAUGAAGAUCUCCUUUUUUCAAAUUAUCUAGACAACUCACAUGAAAACGAUUAUAAAAAGUAUUCUUUUGCUUAUCCUUAUAAUUAUAAUAUGAAUAAAGAAAAUGAUGAUGAAAAUUUUAAACCCACUCAAAAUAUGAAUUACUUUGAUGAUGACCCUCAUGUGUAUCAUUUAAAAAGAAGAAUAAAAAAUAAACAUAAAUGGUUUUGUAAAAAAAAAAAGGUGUUUGAAUAUUUCACGGAUCAUGAUGUUAUUAGCACAAGUGGAUAUCUUAAUAAAGAACACGCUGAUGAGAAAAAAAUUAAAAGAAAAAGAAAAUAUAUAAAAUAUAACACACAAGAGAACACAAAAGAGAACACAAAAGAGAACACAAAAGAGAACACAAAAGAGAACACAAAAGAGAACACACAAGGAAACAUCAAGGAUAACAUUAUAUAUCACAUGAAUGAUCUUAUUAAUAACCACAUUAACGAUAAUACACCCAAUCACAUAUAUAAUGUACAGAAUAAAGAACAUCCUCUUUGUAGUGAGUACAUUCCCAUGUAUGAUAAUGAGUACUUUUCUGAAACAAUUUAUAAUAGUAAUAACACACAUUCAAACAAAUGUUGUAAUAUGUACCAAGAGGAAGAAAAUAUGAUUAAUAGUUUUCUUUUAAAAAAAUAUAGUUUUAAUAAAUAUUGUGAUAAAUCAAAUCAUUCACUGAAAAGAAAGUUUAUAGAUUUAUCGAAAUAUAAAGAGAAAAAAAUAUUUUGUAUGAUAUGUAAAAAUAUGAAUACAAAUGUUCUUAUGAAAAAAAAAGGAAAGGAUGAGUGGUACCAUGUGUGUUGUUUAUAUUAUAAUAAUAUUACAAGAAAUAAUUGUAUAUAUCAUAUAUAUGUAGAGCAUUUCUUUUUUAAUCAUUAUAAUGAGGAUUAUUUUGUAAAUAUGUUUGGAAGUUUAAAAUAUAUUAAUGAAAUUAUUAUAAAAAAAAUAAAAGAUGAAUUAUUAAAAAAUUAUAAUAUUCUCACACAUAGUCAUUUCUUUAAUUUUCUUAUGAAUCCUUAUUAUUAUAAUUUAACAUUUAAACAAAUCAAAAAUUUAAUUUUUUCAAAUUUUAUUUUAAAUAAUAAUACAUUGUAUUCGAAUUAUCAGUCUAUAUCUUACCACUCCCUGAAUCAUACACGUGCAAACAGAAUACAGGAAAGUAGAAGCGUCUCCCAAGGGAAUCAUAAUGAAAUAUAUGGAGCAAGCAUAAAUUGUGCGCGAAACGGUGUACGUGAUGAUAAAAAGGGUGAUGAUAAAAAGGGUGAUGAUAAAAAGGAUGGUGAUAAAUAUGACGAUGAUAAGUAUGAUGAUGACAAAUAUGAUGAUGACAAAUAUGAUGAUGACAAAUAUGAUGAUGAUUAUGAUGAUGAUUAUGAUGAUGAUGAUGAUUAUGAUGAUGAUGAUUAUGAUGAUGAGAGCGAAACGUCGAAAAAAUUCUCAAGUUACGAUUCCUUUUUAAAAGAUAAGAAAAAAGGAUCCAUAUUAAAAAAAGAAGAUACAUUGAAUUGUCCUAAAACUAUAAAUGUACAAGAAAAAGAGAAAUCAUCAAAAAUGUACUGCAUGAAUACUAAUAAUUGUAGUGUAGUUAAAGAAAAGAAUUAUUUUGUAAAUGAUUAUAUGCAUAUCAUAAACAAUCUUAGUGAUAAUGAAAUGAAUAUAAAUAUGAUGAAAUCACCAGGAUAUAAUAACUUAUUUAAAGAUGUCGAACAUUUUAUACAUAAAAGAGAUUUUAUUAAUUUAAAUAUAUUAAAACUUAUUAAAGAAAAAAUAAUACAAGUGUUACAAAAUAACUAUAAACAAGUGUGUGUUUUUUGUAAAAAGACGACAGGAAUAAAAACCAAAUGUAUGUUCCCAUCGUGCUCGACAUAUUUUCAUAUAUAUUGUUAUUAUAAUAAAUAUAUGCAGCAUGUUAGGAAAAAAAAAAACGACCUUCAGUGUGCUAUCCAAAAAAAAAGUAGAAAAAAUCAGCGCGCAGCAUGUGUGAAAAGAAGAGGAGCGGAAGGAAAGGAUAAGAAAGAUGGUUCAAGAUCGUUGGAUAGAAAGAAAGACAAGGUUACUAGGAGGAGUAACAAAUAUGAAGAGAGUGCUAAUGAUAGUGAUGGAAAAAAAAAUAAUGGGGACGACAAAAAAAAAGGUGAUCACAUGGGAAAGAAUAAUAAUAAUGAUGAUGAUGAUAGUAAUAUUAAUGGUGAUAGUAAUAAUAAUAAUAAUAAUAAUAAUAAUAAUAAUAAUAAUAAUAAUAAUAAUAAUAAUAAUAAUAGUAAUAAUAAUAAUAGUAAUAAUAAUGAUUGUUUAGAGGAGAAAAAUCAAGGAGAUAACCUAAAAAAAAGAAAAAGAAACAAACGAGGACAUAAUAAUAAUGAUGAUACAUCUUCUUUAGUCUUGUUAAAUAAAGAUGAUUCCAGACAAAAAAAAAAAAACAAAUAUGGAAAAGACCAUAGUGAUCAAGAAAAGGAUAGCCCUAGUAAGAUUAAUAAUAGAUCCAAGAGAAAUAAAGUAAAAAAAGAUAAAGAAGUAGGUAACAUAAAUGAAGAUAAUAAAAAUAAUAACACAAAUGAUGAUAAAAUAAAUAAUAGCAUAAAUGGUGAUAAAAUAAAUAAUAACACAAAUGAUGAUAAAAUAAAUAAUAACAUAAAUGGUGAUAAUAAAAAUAAUAACAUAAAUGGUGAUAAAAUAAAUAAGAAUUAUCAUAGUCAUAAUUAUGACAAUGAAGAAAUUCCACACGAACAAAAAAAUAAUUUUAACAAAAAUAGAAAUACUAAAAGAUACAGAAAAAGUAUUAAUGAUAAAGAAAUGAAUGACAUAUUAAAUAAUAAAAAUAAUGAUACGGAUAAAAAAUUAAAUAAAUAUAAUUUUUUAAUGGAGUAUCAAAAAAUUAUUUCUUCUGAUAAAAUAACAAGUGGCAUAAGUAAUAAUAUGAAAGAUAUUAAAAAUAUUAAAGAUAUAAAAGAUAUGAAAGAUAUGAAAGAUAUGAAAGAUAUGAAAGAUAUAAAAGAUAUUAAAGAUAUAAAAGAUAUAAAAGAUAUGAAAGAUAUAAAAGAUAUUAAAAAUAUUAAAAAUAUUAAAGAUAUUAAAAAUAUUAAAGAUAAUGAAGACAUCAAAGAUAUUAAAGAUGUGAACCAUGUGAACGAUGUGUCAUCCAUCCAAUUAAACAAAUGUGUUAAUAACCAAAGCGACACACAAGAUAUUUGCCCAAGUGAUGAUAAAAAUAUAAAUAAUAAUAUAAAAAAAAAUAAAAUAAAUAUAAAAACGGAUCAGGUAUAUAAUCCUCUAGUUGAUUCGUCUUCUUCGUCUACAGAUUGUAACAAAAAUUAUAAUAAGAAAGAAAAGGCGGUGAAAAAAAUUGGAUGGAACAUAAAAAAUAUAAAGCUCCACAACAACAACAAUAAUAACAAUAAUAAUAACAAUAAUAAUAACAAUAAUAAUAAUAAUAAUAAUAAUAUGAGCAGUAAUAAUAUUGUGCAGGAAGAUUACAAAAUGAAAGGCAAAGGUAGUCAUAAAAAAAAUGAAAAACAUACUAUUAAUAAUAAUGACGAUGAUAUUUAUUAUGAUAACGAUUUUUCUUCUAUUUGUUCUUUAUUAUCUUCAUCCAUGUCGACAAAUAACGAUGUAGAUUCAUCGUAUGUAUCUAAUAAUUCUUUAUAUAAUUCAUCAUCCAUGUUUUCUAAUGACGAUUGUUUUUCACUAUGUUAUUCAUCAGUAUCUUCUUCUUAUGAAUAUGAUGACAUAAAUAAUGUAAAUUUAAAAAAUAAAAAUAAAUUACAUAAUUUCCCAUCGUUUUAUAAAAACGAAUUAAAUAAUAAUAAUAUUAAUAAAUGUCAUAAUUAUAAUCGUAAACACCACUGCACUCAUAGUGGUGAUCUUAGUUGUAGUAGUAGAAGCUUCUGGGGUUCAUUAUGUAAUACUUCUGAUAACAUAAGUGAAUCGGAGAUAUCGAAUAAUUUGAGCUUUUCAUCUGACAAGUCAGAAAAUUACUGCUCUUCAAUAUCAGAUCAUGAAAUAGAAAAGGAUGUAACUAUAUAUCGAAAUACGUAUCACAGAAUAAUUAAUAGAUGGAAAGAUGGAAAGAAAAAUACAGGAAGUAAAAAAAAAGAUAUGACUAAUAAGAAAGGUGACAAAAGUUAUAAUAAAAGAAAUAUAUGUGAUAAUAAAAAAAAUAUUUGUGAUAAUAAAAAAAAUAUAUGUGAUAAUAAAAAAAAUAUAUGUGAUAAUAAAAAAAAUAUUUGUGAUAAUAAAAAAAAUAUAUGUGACAAUAAAAAAAAUAUAUGUGAUAAUAAAAAAAAUAUAUGUGAUAAUAAGGACUCAUCUACAGAUGUACCUGUUGAAAAUAUUGACCAUCUAAUAGAGAAAGAAGAAAUAGAUAAUAUUUUAAAGAACUUGGGUUUAUAUACUUAUAAUUUAAAAAAUAAUAAUAAUAAUAACGUAUAUAUGAAGACAAUAAAAUUAACCUUAUGUUGUACACAUAGUAAUGAGCAUGAUACGAAAGCUGUUAUGAAUAUUAAAUUAAAUACUUUGAACAAUAAAAAAUAUAAUAAUAUAAAUUGUAUUUUUUAUCAUUAUUAUAACUCCUUUUUACAUUCCUUAUUUUAUUCAGAUGAAUAUAUUGAGCUUAUAAGAAAGGAGGAACGUAAAGAGGAUAUUGAAAAAGAAAAAAUAAAAAGAGGCAAAUAUUGUCAUCAAGAAGAUAAGGAUGAUAACAUGAAAAAUAUUAUGAAAGACACCAUGGACAACAACAACAACAACAACAACAAUAAUAAUAAUAAUAAUAAUAACCAUUCGGGUGAAGACCAAUUAAUAAAUGAGGAUAACAAAAAAAGAAAAAUUAAUAAUUUAUCGACCCAUGAACAUACACACAAUAUGAGUGAUCAUAAUAAUGAACCCAAGAAAAAAAAAAACAAAUCAAAUGAGACACAAAUAAAUGAUGAUACUAAUAAAAAGGAAACUCAUAAAAAUGAAAUAGAUAAUAAAGAACAAAAAGAUACAAAUUGCCAUAAUGUUAUAGAAGAAAAAAAAGACCAAGUAUCUAAAAGUAAUAAUAUUAUAAGUAAGGUGUUUCAUUUUUUUGAAAGGAAAAAUAAUAAUAUAAAAAAAGAUGAGCAUAAAAAGCAAUACAAUGAAAGAAAUGAUAAGAUGAGUGAAUGUGAUAUGUUAUUAGAAAAUAAAAGAGAUAAUAAUGACAAUAAAAAUAGCAAUAAUGAUGAUAAUAAAAAUAGCUAUAAUGAUGAUAAUAAAAAUAGCAAUAAUGAUGAUAAUAAAAAUAGCUAUAAUGAUGAUAAUAAAAAUAGCAAUCAUGUUGAUAAUAAAAAUAGCAAUAAUGAUGAUAAUAAAAACAACAAUAAUGUUGAUAAUAAAAAUAGCAAUAAUGUUGAUAAUAAAAACAACAAUAAUGAUGAUAAUAAAAACAACAAUAAUGAUGAUAAUAAAAACAACAAUAAUGAUGAUAAUAAAAACAACAAUAAUGAUGAUAAUAAUAAUAAUUUUGACAAAACGAAUGAGAAAAAUAAAGAUCCCACAUUAGAUGGAGAAAAUAGUUCUUAUAAUGAUGAAAUAAAUCAAAAAGAAAUAAAUAUAUUUUCUAAAUAUAUAGAUAAAAUAAUUGAAAAUGUUGAAACGAAAUGUAUUAUGAAAAAUAACGUUUGUGAUGGUAUUUAUUAUUUAAUUAGACAAGAAAAUGGUUUGAAUAUUUGUCAGAAGGUUAACAACAAUAUAAUAAAAAACAAAAUGAAGCAAGAAAAGUUUCAUAAAAAAAAAAAAAAGAAUAAAAAUAAUCACAAUAACAAUAACAAUAACAACAUCAAUAACAACAAUAACAACAACAACAAUUAUGAUAUAAAUAUUUUUAAUAAUGUUCCUAUGGAUAUACAAAAAAGAAAUUAUAUAAAUACUAAUAUCAUAAACAGUAAUAUUAUAAAUAUUAAUAAUAAUAAUAAUAAUAAUAGUAGUAAUCAUAAUAAUAAUAGUAAUCAUAUAAACCUAAGUGAUUUAAAGAAAAAAAUUAAUAUUAAUAAAUAUACAUACCUAUUCUAUCGUCUUCCCUUAUUCUUAUUUGGAGAUAAAUAUAUUAACGAUAUAGAUGAUGUCAAAAGCAUUUAUACCAUUAAAAAUUUUUUUAAUCAAUAUAAUGAUGUUACAAAUACAUCCAAUAAUAUUUUGUAUGUUAUAGAUUUAUUAAAAAAAUAUAAUAUCAACCAUAAUAUUUUAAAAAAAAAUAAUAUGAUCGAGUCAUCAAAGAAUUAUAUUUGUGAAAAAGAAGAACAAUCUGCCGAUCUUUCAAAAAAUACCCAUGUACCUUUUAACCAUAAUGCACUUGACACAUCACCCCCGCCAGUGCAUACAACAAAUACAAAUUUGUUGAGUGAUAUUAAUAUAGAAACUAAUGAAAUACAUGAGCACAUAAAUAAUAACAUCCGUAAUGAUCAUAAUAAUGUAAUAAACAACCAACAAAUGGAACCUAAAAAUAAUAAUACUCCUAAUGAGGAAAAAAUUAUUUUAGAAUCGACAACUCAAAGGACUGAACAAAGAAUGGAAGACCGUGAUGAUGAAGAUGGUAAAAGUGGAGAAGAUACUCGUUUGGUAGAUGUAGAAACGAAAGUGGUAGAUGUAGAAACGAAAGUGGUAGAUGCAGAAACGAAAGUGGUAGAUGCAGAAACGAAAGUGACAGAUGCAGAAACGAAAGUGGUAGAUGCAGAAACGAAAGUGACAGAUGUAGAAACGAAAGUGGUAGAUGUAGAAACGAAAGUGGUAGAUGUAGAAACGAAAGUGACAGAUGUAGAAACGAAAGUGACAGAUGUAGACCACAACGUGGUGGGUGUAGACCACAAAAUGGUAGAUGUAGACCACAACGUGGUAGGUGUAGACCACAAAAUGGUAGAUGUCCAAACUAUGGGUGCAUCAAAUAGGAAGCCUAUAAUUGACGAUUGCAUGAAAAUAAAAAAAAUGAAAAAGAAGAAAAAAAGCGAAACGCUUGUUGAAGAGAACGGGUUGUCUUGUUACCCUAAUAAGAAUGUAAAUGUAAUAUUUUCUUUAUUUGACAACGGUAACAAUUGUUAUUUGUUAAUAUAUGAAUCCGAAAAAGAUAAUAAGAAGAAGAGUGGUAAAAAUAAAGCACUAAAAACAAAGAAGGAUUAUAAUAAUAUAGAUUAUUUUUUUAAGGAUUUAUAUCACAAAAUACAUGAGAUUAAUUUAAAUGAGGGUUCCUAUAAAAUAUUAAAGGAUAUAUUUUUUAGUAUGUUGUAUAAUAUGAAUAAUAUGAAAAAUUGUGGUAUUCAGUACUUAAACAAGAUGAAUAGACAUAGUUAUAAUAAGAAGUUGAGUAAAGGAAGUAUUAAUUCGAAUAUAAAUAAUAAUAUAAAUAAUAUAAAUAAUAAUAAUAUGAAUAAUAAUAAUAUUAAUAAUAAUAAUAUGAAUAAUAAUAUGAACAAUAAUUAUAAUAGUAAUAAUUUCCAGUAUAACGAAGAAAUAAAUUAUAUAAAAUUUAAUGAAACUAUAUUAAAUAAAAAUACUUUAAAUAAUUUAUUAAAAAAUUUUGGUUCUUUAAAUAUUUCAAAGAGUGCUCAUAUAAAGUUGGUAAAUAUAUUAGAAUUAAGUUAUUAUGAUUAUAUAUUUUUGAAAACCCAUAAAAUAUUUUUUUCAAAAAAAGGAGUUAAAAUAUAUGAUCAUAGUAAUAACUUAUAUAACUUUCAAGAGAAUAUGAAUGACUCUGUUGAAAAAAACACGAAAGAAACAAACAAAUUAUUUAAGAAAAAAUUUCGAUAUUUAUCAUUAAAAUUAAAAAAUAUAUUAAUGUCUCAUUGUGCUGGAGGCCUAAAUACUAACCAUAACAAGAAAAUUGGAAAGCUGAAGGGUAAUAGUACCACCUAUAAUAAUAAUAAUAAUAAUAAUAGGAAUAAUUAUUAUUAUAAUAAUACGUUGAAUAUAAGAGGACUAGCUUCAAAUAAUAAAAAUAAUGACAUGGAAAAUAUUAUAAUGACAUAUAAAAAGAAUAAUAUAAUAAAAAAUGAAACAUUAAAUAUUGUAACAAAUAAAGGAUUGUUAUGUUUAAAUAAGGAAGGUGAUUAUCAAGUACGUUUUGAGACUCCCCUAGAUAUUAAUAUAAAUAGAAAAUAUGUAGAGAAAAAUAAUAACACAUCACAUGGUAUAUUAAAUAUGUAUAAUAUGUAUAAUGUGAAUAAUACAUAUAGUGUACAUGGUAUUCGUGAUAAAAAUUGUAAUGCCCUAUUAUAUAAUGAUACAAACCUUUUUAAUAACAUGAAAAAAUUUCCCAAGGGUGGAGAAGAAAAUUGUGUAGAAGAUAUAAAACAAUUUGAAAAUAAAAUUGUAACAAGUGAACAAAGAGAAAAUAACUUGAACAUGAACAAAAAUAUGAAAUCUAAAAAUACAUUAUGCAAAAGUUUAAAAAAAACAUUAUAUUCUAAAAAGAAAGGAAAAAAUAAAAAAGGUAAUACGAAUAAAUAUAAUGUCCUUAUUAAAACAGCAUCUUUGUCAUCUCCAUUACCAUCAUAUAUGAAUACAAUAAAUUUAUUACAUAAUAAUAAUAAUAAUAAUAAUAUAUCACAUAAUAAUAAUAAUAAUAUUUUAAUAUUACUUAUGAAUGAAUAUUUAUUAAAUAAAGAUAACGAUAUUAAUGAUUAUAAUAUAAAAGAAUAUUUAAAUGAAAUAUUAAACAAAUAUAAUAAAUUUAAUUUUUAUGAAAAUAAUUAUGAUAUAAUUAAAUAUAGUACUUUUGUUGAUCAAAAAAUUGUACCAUCAGUUUCUUCUUUCAGUGUAUUUGAUCUUUAUAAAUUAUUUUUUUUUGAUCAUAAAGAACUUGAUAAAAUAAAUAAUGAACAAGACAAAAUGAAAUAUAUAAAUGAUGUUCUAUUUAAUAAAAAUGCUUUAUUGAAUUUUAGAAACUUUAUAAUGAAAAAAAAACAUAUUGAUUAUGUAAAAAAAAGUUUUCAUUAUAAAAAUAUUACAGAUAUAGCGAACUCAUAUCUUACAGAUAUACAUCAUAUUUUAUCCUUUGAAAAAAAUCAAAAAUUAUUUUUUAAUAAAAUUAAUAACAACAGGCCUACCCAGGAAAUACAAACUAUAAUACAUACAAAUAAAAAUAGCACCCUAUUAUAUGAUACAAACAAAACAGAUCAAGACGUUUGUAAAAAUGUAACAAAAAGUCAGGACCACAAUAUUAUAAAUCAUACUAAUGAUGUACACACUAAUGUUUUGAAGGAUAUAGAUAAGAAAAAGAAGAAAAAGAAGUCUAUUAAAAAUCUACAUAUGGCUAUGGACGAUGUUGAUGAUAAUAAGAAUAGGAGUGACGAUAUAAAAGGUAGCCACGUGAAUAAGACAAACAAAAUAAAUAAUGUAAAAAUUAAUAGUCGCAAUCAUGCUGCUCCUUAUAUACAUACUACUACUGAACCUUAUCAAACCAUAAAUUGUUAUACUGGCGUCGUUCGUAAUACAUGUAGUACGGAUAAAAUUAACACGAAUGAUGUGAAUGUUAAAAAAGAAAAUGUAAGUAAAAAUGAUCUGCAAGAUGUGAAAAACGAUAAUGAUAAAACAGGCAAUGAUGACAUAAGAAGAAAUGAUGACAUAAGAAAAAAUGAUGACAUAAGAAGAAAUGAUGACAUAAGAAGAAAUGAUGACAUAAGAAGAAACGAUGACAUAAGAAGAAAUGAUGACAUAAGAAGAAAUGAUGACAUGAGAAGAAAUGAUGACUUAAGAAGAAAUGAUGACAUAAGAAGAAAUAUUCCUUUUUAUAUUAAUAGUAAUAAUAAUAAUAAUUAUUAUUAUUAUAAUAAUUAUGCUUAUUUUAAUAUCGUAAACCAGAAUGUACACAACCCUUAUGGUAAUUUGUUUGAUAAUCAAUAUAAAUAUGAAGAUGAAAACUUUGAACUUUUAAUUAAUAAGAAUUAUACGAACCUAAAAAAUUUAUAUGACUAUAUAAGCGAUGAAAUUGUUAAAAAUAAAAUUUAUUUAAUAAGCAAUAUUAUAGAAGAAAAUCAUACAUACAAUAUUUCGGAUAUGCCUGUGUAUGUUAAUUUUGUAUACUAUAAAUAUUCAUGUGUUACGAAUUGGGUUAAUCUAGUUAAUAAUUUAAAAGAUAGUUUUGAGAAAGAAGAAACCUUCUUUCGAAAAUAUAACAUUGUAAGUAAGGGAAACAUGAAGGAUAAGGAGGAUACCAAGCAUCAAACUAUUAAAGAUAAAGGAGGUGAAGUUAAAGAAAAGGAAGACACUAUAAAUAAGCAACAGCAUGUGGAUGAUAAAGGAGAUGAUAUAAAGAAGGAUGAUAUAAAGAAGGAUGAUAUAAAGAAGGACGAUAUAAAGAAGGAUGGUAUAAAGAAGGAUGAUAUAAAGAAGGAUGAUAUAAAGAAGGAUGAUAUAAAGAAGGAUGAUAUAAAGAAGGAUGAUACAAAGAAGGAUGAUACAAAGAAGGAUGAUAUAAAGAAGAAAGAUGAUAUAGACCAAAGUACAUAUCAAGUUAAGGAACAAAACGAAGAAGUGAAAAAUGUAAUAAAAACACCAUGUCCUGAUAUAUGUAUAAAUAAUGAUAAUAAAUCAUUAGAUAUUUUAGAACUAUCUAAAGAUAAGGAAAUCAAAUUGAAUUCGACAUCAGUUCAUGUUGUAGAUAAAUCAAAUGAUAUAAAUAAGAAUAAUAAUAUUAUAAAAACACAAGAAAAAAUUGAUGAAAAAAAAAAAAAGGAUGAUGAUAAUGAUAAUAAUAAUAAUAAUAAUAAUAAAGAUAAAAAUAAAAAGAUAGAAUCCGAGAGUGUCGAAAAAACAAGCAACAAUAUGUGCAGUGUAUGCUUUAAUAUACAAGAUGGAAAUAUUAACAUUUUAUAUAAGUGUACAAAAUGUAAUAUAUAUGUUCAUAAGUAUUGUUAUGGUAUAUAUCCCAAAAACAAAAGUGAAGAUUUUUUAUGUGAUAAAUGUAUGUUUAAUAAAUAUGUAAGGAAAUUAUUUUCAAAUGAUGAUAUUAAUAAUAAUAAGAGUUCUACAACAAAUAUAAAAAAAAAAAAAAAAAGUAGUAAGGCAAAUAAUACUUUGAGUAAUGCAACCUCCUUGAAGAAACAAGAACAUCUUUUAUUAGCAUCCGAAAAUAAUAUUAUAAUAAAAAAUGAGAACAUUAAUGAAGAAAAUAAUAACAUCAAUAAUAAUAAUGAUAAUAUUUUGAGUGCUUGUGGUGAUAAUUCAAAUAUUGUAACAUCACUUCAAAAUAAUCAUAUGAAUACCGAUAUAAUAACAUCUCUUAACAAUAACUCCUUGCAUGCUAAUAUAAAUAAUUUAUUUUAUAAUUAUUGUUGUAUAUGUAAAAAAUCAGGAGGGGCCUUAAAGAAAACAACAUCAAAAGCGUUUGUACAUCUUUUCUGUGUUAUCUUUUUUAUUUCAAACGUUUUCUGUUAUAAUAUAUAUAAUAUGAAUUAUUGGAACGUUAAUCAACUUAAAGAUUAUGAACAUGUCUGUGAUAUAUGUAACAAGACAGGUGCCGUCAUACAAUGUUCGUAUGACCACGAGAAAUCAAAAUGUGGAGAUGAUAAAUGUGGAGAUAAUAAAUGUGGAGAUGAUAAAUGUGGAGAUGACAAAUGUGGAGAUAAUAAAUGUGGAGAUGAUAAAUGUGGAGAUGAUAAAUGUGGAGAUAAUAAAUGUAGAGAUGAUAAAUGUGGAGAUGAUAAAUGUGGAGAUAAUAAAUGUAGAGAUGAUAAAUGUAGAGAUAAUAAAUGUAGAGAUGAUAAAUGUAGAGAUGAUAAAUGUAGAGAUGACAUAUAUAGAGAUAACCAUUGUGGUAAUCUAAUAAAUAUUAGAAAAAAUAAUAAGUGUAAAAAAUACUAUCAUCCACUAUGUGCUUAUUUAGAAGGGUACUAUAUGGAUGUUGAGGUACAUGACGAUCAAUAUAUUACAACCUUUUUUUAUGAUAAUUGUUUUUCACAUAUUGAUAUAAAAACAUAUUGUAAUGAUCAUACUCCAAUGAAUUCUUAUCAAGAUAGAAACAUUAUAAAGGAAACAAGAAACAAGUGUUAUGAAAGUAAUAAUAUAUCGUAUAUGUUUCAAAUAUAUAAUGAUAUGAUGAUGAUGAACAAAAAAUAA